AUGGUGAUCCAAUGCAUGUGCCUCCUGAACUACUUUAGGAUCGUCAAAGAUCUAUUUCGUAUUGGCCAGGUUUUGAAAUAUCUGGUUCAAAAGGACAAGCAUAUCCCAGAUCAAAUUGGACUUGGACUUGUUCCUGAUGAGGUAGGCUGGGCGACGCCCGCAAGGCCGGGGGCACAGGCGAGGCAGUCUGGGCGACGCCUGCGGCGUAAGAGAAAAUUUACCUACAGGCAUCUCGCUCAGUUAAAGCAUAUACUUCCUGAAGCUGUUCAGGUUGACAAGAUCCUCAUACAUGACGAGGAAACCAUGUGCAUGAACCCAACCUUGAAACUUUCUUUGCUAUUUGAUGUCGUAGAAGGUCAUCAUGAACAAUCUAAUUUUAUAGCUCUGUGCAAAGUUUUUGCUUCUAGGCUCUAUAAUUUCUGCAGUACUCAUCCUGAGGGCUGUGAAAUCCCUGAGGCAGUAUUGCCAGAGCCAUUUAACCAAAGAAGUAUUACCAUGCCUUCAGACUCAUUGCCUUUGCAUUUGUCGACAGAAUCUCUGCCAACUUCCAUUGAAACUAAGCCAAUAAACUCAUUCUGCCUACAUCCAUCCUUCAGUAAACACUUUUCUCGGAAGAAUGCUGUAGCAGAGACCCAAAAUUUUAUAUCUCCAGUUUCUCUUUCAUCUAUUGGAGAUGUUUACAGGAGUAAUCAGGAUGUUGGAAUCUGGCAGCUGAAAACAUCUCUUAAUCCAUGUUCCCAACCCACCAUCAUCACAAACCCUGUUGAACUGACAUAUCCUCUGCAGUAUUUUAGCUCUGGCACAUGUGAAAACACUCCCAUGAAGCUUCAGUUGGAAGCUGGUCAUUUGAUGGUCGAAACGCCUGUUCAGUCGACACCAAAGAGAUCAAUACCUAGUUCUGAUGGCAAGCUCAAGACCAUGACAAUCCCAGAUCGGACACCAUGCAACAUGUCUGCAAAGAGGUCUUUAAACUUUUCAUGUUUGGAAGGUGAAGAAGGUUUUCUGAAUUCCAUCACAGAUGAGAUAGAGCAGUACAAAGUUGUAGAAGGCAAUGUAUCCUCUUCUCAUGCGCCCCUCCAGGAGUGUGCCCCCCUUCCAUCGAGUGCCCCGCCUGGUUCACUGGGCUGUUGGCCUACCAAGCACUUGCUCGCUGCUCCUGCUGCCCGCUUGGCUGGUGGAGCGCUCGUAGAGGUGAACAGUUGUUGCUCUGCCAAGGACCACAGGAUCAACCCGAGUGGUUUGGUAUUACAAAAGCGGUUAUCUGCUAGCUUAUCUGAUCUUGUUGCUUUGAUUCACCAAAUAUUUCGGUCUGUCAACUGCUCUUCAAUCACAAAAGAGGAACUCAUGCACAAGAUAAUUAUUCAGAACUGUGAUAUUGUUGAGAGAGGGGAGGUCGAGGACCAGUUAGAGCUUCUAGAGAAGCUGGUCCCAGAUUGGAUUUGCAGGAACUUGGCACCUAGUGGAGACCUCUUGUACAAGUGGGUGUAUCAUCCUUUUCUAAUAGUUACCUGUCACAUUAAGGGAGGCUCAGAUUUGAAUUCUGUUUGUGAAAGACUUACUAGCAUCUGA